CGUCAGAGAGGCGACCACACUGCUCCUUCCUAGUCGUGUGCCAGGCUGCGUAUUGAGCUUGCGUCGCAACUCGAAGCAGCACGAUAUCGGUUUCUUUCUUCUGGACGUCGACGUGCUGCACGUGAAAAACCAGAUCGAUUUUUCGCCCUUCUACCAGCAGCAGCGGCAGGGAAUUGAUAUUGCUUCCUCGGGCCACAAUUUCGGAAGAAGUACAACGCCCAGCCACGGGAAAAGAGAUUCCGAUGCUGGAAGUACUGGAGAAAGUUCCAAAAAGCCUUUGACGGAUUUCGACGUCGCAAUCGGAGUGUACACUCGCGACAUAACGGUUCCGUACGAGCCCGACAGCUAUGGCCGUUUUGAAUCGGAUUUGGGUCUUGAACGAGCCGAAGACCAUGGCCCCCCAAGCAAGGCCGGUACUAGUCCAAGCGCACACUUCUACCACUCCGAGAAGAGACUCUUUGAGUUUCAUCCAAUGCUGGGGCCGAAGCGACCCGAUGGCCCGAGCGACGACGAUUGUCCGUGGCACACGAAUCCAGUUUUCGAUGACCAGGGCUACUUUCAGGAAGUCGUUGACGGCGAAUAUGUGGACUUGCGUUCCCUCACCGGCGGGGAGAAAUCAUAGGGGGCUCCUGAAAGGGAAAUCUUUCAGCAACCGCGCAGUACGGCGAUCGUGCCACGAGAAGUUUGUUUGCUGCGUCUCAACGGCGGCUACGCUUUUGUGAAAGCUACCGAUGCGGGCUUUUUUUACCUGCGGGCCGUGGCAGAGCUGAGCGCCUACUUUGUGGAGGUGUCCGACGGAAGCGCGCGUGACAUUGCGAAAUCGACGCCCCCGUCCUCUGCGCGGGACCAGACCGAGUCGGAUGCGAGGAGCAAGAAAGGCAAAGGUGUUGAAAACUCGACACCACAAACUACUGGGAAGGAUGAUUCUUCGAUGGACUUGACGGCCCGGGUGGCCCGGCUGGAAGAGCGAGUCGCUGCGCUGACGCGGGAAAAUGUAGCGUUGCGACAGGGUUCUUUACUCACUGACUCCACGACCAUGAAAAGCGACCAACAGGGAGAAGCAAGCAACGUUGCUCUUGGGCGAGCGUCAGCAGGAGAAGUCGGCGACAAAUUGAGACGCUGGAUUGAGUAUGCCAAACAGCGCUUUCCCCUCUUAAGUAAAUUGUUCCGCGAGUUGGUCCUGGACCCCAAAUACGGCCGAUUGCUGAACAAAACUUUUCGCGGUCCUGACCAAGCUGCCUUUGUGCAGCUGGCUCUGCCGCCCACGACCUGCAAUCCGACGACGUUUUCUGAUGCUGGCGGUUUCGCACAAAACGACCGCAUGGGAUCAUCCGGAACAAGUAAGCGAGGGAGGGUACUGCUCUCUCGACUAGUUUCCACGCUCGGUGUGGAGCAACAUUGGGAUCGCAUGGCAUCUCAUCUCCUCCCGAAAGCGUCGCGUUCAUUGACACGGAAUAUUGCGGGCUUUCAUCGUGGGAAAGCGAUCGUCUCCCCUUUCAAGCAGGCGAGCAGUCUUCCGCCUCUCCACACGUCGCUCCGAAAUUGCGCACAAAACUCGUGCCGCUCCGUCAGGUGCUGCACUCAGACUCGCUAAAUUUUUGCGGGAAAAGAACAACAAGCAAAUAGCUGUACUAUACCUGUUGCUCUAUCGACCGGUACUCGUUUGGUCUCUACCGCAGCAAUCAAAGAAGCAACUACUUCUCCUGCUAGGAGGUUGUAUUUAGAACACAGAUGGUGCGGUGGAACAGAAUGAACCACUCGUUUAUACUACAACGAGAACAUCAGUAAGAACAUCAUGAAUGCACAAUUUAUUCAGGACAGUCGCUUGUUGCUCAACAUUUUUGCGCUUUGCAACUUUUGAUUUGAAGAUGCCAACUACACCAACAUGUGGAAGCUUUCACAUUUUUGCCGGUGAUGAUGAAUACUUGAUGAAGUACUGCGCUGACAAUGACAAAAAAUGACUUGAAGAUGUGGAGGACCAGUGGACAAUUAUCUAUUAACAUUGACGAGUCGAUUUGCUGAAAACGCAAAUCAGCUGGACCUACAGUUUUGCGCACUAAGUAUUUUUGCUCUUUUUUCGUUUGGGUCCAUUCUUGGACCCUUCCCACGGCGGUAUGAGGUCUAUUGAUUUCAGAUGUUAACACCCCCCCUGGAGGGGGGGUGCUUCCUCAUCCAGUUUUUCUUGCAGAAAAAGCUUGCUCUUUUCUUGUAUAAAGUGUUGCCUUUUCAAAGAUCGAAACAGCGCCGGCACCUUCGCCAUACCACCGGCGGAUUUAGCGUUUAGGGACACAUCAACAAGAGAACUGGAAGACCAUCGGACCAGCUAGCUGAAGAGCUGGGCUUUGAUGUAGCGACUUUAAAUGGCGAUGAUUUGAGAAAUAGCGGCUCGCUUUUUUUCAAAACAUCGCUGAAUUUAAUUCCUGAGCGGGUUAUAAAGAGUAUCGUACUCGUAUAAAUGCAUUACAAAUUUGCUCAGCAUCAGAAAUAAAAUUAAAAUUUGUAAUGCGGAUUUGGCUUCAGAAAAAAAUUUGUAAUGCAUGACUGCAAUUACUACGAGUACGAUACUUUUGCACAGGAUAUUUGGCGCCACUUCAACGCCCCGAGCACCAUCGACUACUUCUCGUUGGACGUGUAUGCAAGAAAAAAACUGUGUAAGUGUAACUUUGUCUUGCAGAUGUUGCAACACAGUUACACUUGUCAUGCCGGAUAUGCAUCAGAGGCUAUUUUAGUACGUGUUUUAGCAUACUAGCUACGCAUGACAAGUUUUCUGUCAUGGAAAACAGAUCUGUGAUGCUGUUCCUGGAAAAAAGUUACACUUACACAGUUUUUUUCUUCGAUAACGUGGAGGGAGCGGAGAGUUUGGUGAUGGAGAAUUUUCCGUGGGACAAACUCCGUUUUCGGGUUUUGACCGUGGAUUGCGCACAAAACUCGUGCCGCUCCGUCAGGUGCUGCACUCAGACUCGC